UCGUCGGGAUGGCGGCUCUCUUGUGUUUCCCUGGCUUUCGUGUGUUCUUUAGGAUAAGAAGGCGCCAAGAGAACAGUUUUUUCGAAGGGGGCUCGGAAACUGAUGGGACCCUGUGGGGGUCUCUCGCCCUAGAGUGGUGAUGGUGCCCACUGUGGCCGGGCAGCCUGGUCCUUGCGGGCGCCGCCUGGAGAGCGGUAACCAGGCGCCUUCUCCAAAAGCGUCGUCGUCGUUUGACAAGGUUGAAGAAAAUGCCUCUGUCUCAGGAUAGCAUCCUACGGUCAUCCUGCAGCAGGAAGCUUUGCAGGAACCUCUUUGGGCCAGUUGAUCACGAACAGCUCCAGAAUGACUUCCAGUCCUCGAUGAAGGUGGAGCGGGAAGAGGCCAAGAGCAAGUGGAACUUUGACUUUGAAACAGAAACCCCGCUUGAAGGGGACUACAAAUGGGAGAAGGUCUCCCACAUCAAUGUGUUGUCACCUCAAGAUCUGCUGAGCCCCUCGAAGGAGAACAGUUGUGCCAGAGACAAGAGCCUGAGCUCCCCAGUGCUUCUCAAGGUACAUGCGAAGACAGACAAUCCUGGGCAGGGGAGCUUAGAGACUGAGUCCUCAAGGCAUUUGAAACGAAAGCAGACCAGCAUAAAAGACUUUUACAGCUCAAAACGGAGAACUGUCCCAUACAAAUCAAAUCCCUGAUGCUGCAAAGCAACCAACAUCCUUCUACAGUUUCUUUGCUGCAGAUGCUGUCUUCACUAUUUGCUGAAGUGUCCUAACUGGGAACAACACCCAAUGGAGUCACCAAGACAACUGUUUGAAGGAGCAAUUCACCAGAAUUGGGACCUUUGCUCUGAAGACUUUUGCUAGCCUCAUCUAUUGCAUAAAACUGCUUAGUGGACAUAACACAUGGGAACAUUGUAGAACUUCUCUUAUUUAUGAGUAGCACUAGAGACUGAUGUGCAAUGUAGUAUUGUAAAGUCUUAUCUUAAAACAGUUUUAAUGUGGCUGGGGAAGAUGUGUUUAAUGUGGUAACUGCAAUGAACUGGCAUGAUGGUUGCAAUGAAGGAUGAGAGCCAGUUCUAGUUGUGGCUGAGAAUCCUGUUUAGCACAGUAGCCACUUGCCAUCUUUCAUGUAUUUGCCUCAGGUAAAAGAUUGCUUGUAUUCUA